UCGGCUAAAGCGGCAUUUAUUUUACAUAGCUAAAUAUUUUUCACCAGUGUCCUUACAGAACUUCUCACGUAACUAUAGCUAGUAGCAAUAUAGUAGUUAUUUUAUUUUUGAGCCUGGAACUCGGACAUAGUUACAGCUACCGCUAAAACCGUGCAAAUGGUUUCUUACGACGUGGUUGUAGCUGGAUGGCUAGCGAGCUAGGUUUUUGGUACUAGCCAGCUAGCUACGUUGGCUAGCAAGUUGAUAUACCUACUGGCUAUUUUAGUUAACACGGAAAGCCGGAACUGUUUAUUUACGUUAACGCUAGCUCGACAGCCAGCUACUUAUUUAAUAAAAUAGGACAUUUUACCACGAUAACUUGAAUUUAGCUGGAACGCACAAAAGACAUCUAAAUAUGGAUAAGGCCGAUUUCUUGAAGGGUUUGCCUGUCUAUAACAAGAGCAAUUUCAGCAGGUUCCAUGCAGACUCCGUGUGCAAAGCAUCGAACAGGAGACCGUCUGUGUACCUCCCCACACGCGAAUACCCUUCUGAACAGAUCAUUGUCACAGAGAAAACAAAUAUUCUCCUGCGUUACCUUCACCAGCAGUGGGAUAAAAAGAAUGCAGCCAAGAAGCGGGAACAGGAGCAAGGAGAAGCGGGGAGCCCUGCACCGCCCCGGAAAAUUGCCAGAACAGAUAGCCAGGAGAUGAACGAGGACACUUAGACACAUGGAGCGGUGCACCACAUGCUACAUACGCAUUUAGACACACAAACACAGGCUUGUGCACAUGAUUACAUACGAACAGAUACAAACAAGUACAGACAUGCAAGUACAUAAACUUUUUCGCUCACAGGUUCAUGUAACUCUGCCCACGUUUUUUUCUAUGAGGCAUAGGUAACUGAAGGAGAACCAGGUUCUUGAAAGAUACCUGAGAAAAGCAUUUUUUUUUACGUUACUCCUUACAAAGAGCUUCCCUGUCUUGUGCUUACAAUACCCUCCUUCCAACUGCACUACCCUGUCUUCACCACAGAGGGGCACUGCACCACCUCUCCAUGCUCCUGCUAUGUUGGACCCAAGGCCACACUCUUUCCAAACUGCCACUACAGAAUAGAAACUCUGGGGAAAAUCUCUGCAUUGUGUUGAUGUUCAACAUGUGUAUUUUUCAUUUUUUUGUUGUUGGAAAACUCAUGCCUCUAUCCAGUUUGGUGAUUUAUAUUAAAAAAAAUGUUUUUAUUUUCUGCUGAUUAUUGAUAAAACUGGGCAUGGAAUGCUUUGAUUAAUGUGGUGACUGCACAGCUUGCUUCAUUUGAAAGUUUUUAGCCUUUUGACAAAGGAUGACUGAACUGGGGCACACUGCCUGUGUUGUUAAACGCACAGGUAAAUGCUGGCCAAUCUGUUUUUUUUUCUUUAACCUGUGAGACUUCAGACUUCCUUUGAGGGGACAGAACAAAUGUACCUCACCAAAGUCUGACUGACCGGAAGCAGCUAUUUUAAUAACAAGUUGUGCUCGUAAAAUGUCAUAUUCCGAAAGCCGUCACUUAUCUGGCAGCAUGGAGAAGUAUUGAAAUGGAUUUUUGUGGGCGAUUGGUAUCGCAGGAACUCUCGCUCAGUCCCUUUUUCAUGUGCAGGCACUUCAAAAUAAUUUAAAAGAAACUGUAGCAAUGGCACUCGUUCCAAAGCAUAUCGUGUGCACGCACUUGAACUGUAUGUCAAAAGGCACCAGACAAAGGACAGCCGAAGUGUAUUAUGUAAGUGCUUCUGGCUUGGCCCUCUCCAAUCGAUGUAAGCGGGAGCGUGUUCUUUUCCGAAAGCAGAGGUGAAGUGCCCUGUAUAGUGGCCCUUUCCUACCUUGCGUGUCAAAGGUUAGGUGAGUGGUAGCCUUGUUGGUUUACAGUGUAGUCACAGGCAGAGGGUGGUGGAUAUUACAGGUCCUCUGCAACGCAUGGCACAACAAAUGGAAAACUAUGUCAAGUUUGUCUGCACAAGUUACUCUUUGUACCACCCUGCCUUUUCCAGAACUUCAGUUAUUGCUGGGAGUAUACCAUGCUGAAGUUAACCCUUUGUUUACACUGACUUACAAGUUCAGCUUGUUUUACUUUGGAGCAGUUCUGUUCUUGUAGUUGUUCCCCUUGAGUCCCUUCAGUCUGAUACUGAGCAUUUUAAAAGUCUGUUUUACAUUUGCUGGCAUAGACUGUUCUCCAGUUAUGUUUCUUCUACAUGUUGAGUACAUUUUAAGUCAGAAUCUUUUAGAAAUAUUUCUCAGAAAAUCAUCUAAAAAAUCCAAGGAAAAAAAAUCCUGUUUGGUAUAAUGUACAUGACCCAUCAUAGAGCCAAUAAGGGAGAAGUGAAAAUGUGAAAAAGUGAACAUUUUAAAUAAAAGCAACAAGACCUAACAGUAUUCAUGCAGUGGUCAGUUCAGCAACCUUGAAUAUGUAUACUUUCAGUCCCAUGGACAAAAAGGUGGAGCCUUUGGAACCCUGCCUGCUGUUUUACUUCCCUCCUACCUGUCUGAUUCAUAGACAGACUUGAUCACAUUGUUUCCUCAUGUACUUUUGAUAAUUAGCUAACACUCACCUUAGAUAGGCCAGGCCACAACUCGUGUGGAGCCCUGCAGAAAUGAAUAGAUACACUGGCUGCAUACAUCUGCUAGCUGUACAUGCAUAAGUAAAGGUGAAGGGAUAAUUGAUCAUGUUUCAGACGUGCUCCCUCUGCUGCUAUCUAACUCCUCAUUGUCUGCUUCUACAAACAUUUUUUAAUGCAUUAUUUCCUACAGGUCCUCAUUUGUACAGCCAUAGUUUAUCAAGCUGUUCAUUUGUAUCUGUGUUUCUGGUGUUGGAAAAGCACAUUUUCUGUUUAAAAUACCCACUGGAGCAGUGGUGUUGUGUGCGUUUUUUUUUGUUACAAAUAUGGCAAAAGAUAUCCAAUCAGAUACAAAUGAAGGAAUGAACCUCAGUCUUCAGUAGAGUAAAGUGCUUUUGAGAGCAGUAUUUUCUGAAUUUGUGUUGUUGUUUGAUCUGAAAGAAUGGCAUACAGCAUGUGCCCUGGCUUGCCAGAACCAAUGAGGCAUACUGAGGCAGUUUGUAAACAUGAUUGAAACAUUUUCACUGAAGUCUGCGGUUGUGUUCCCUCAAUGAGAAUGUCAAGGAAAUCUUCCAGGUCGGGUGAGGGGGCUGGAGAAGUAGACCUAUUUGUUGAGGGUUAGGGGUAGGCUAACCAUAACUUUGAAUUGGCUUCACGUUGGGUAUUGUCAUUUGUUGUAGCCAGAGGACACCUGUUUGUUUUUUUUUUCCUCCAGUUUUGUGUACAUAGCCUGAGUUAAUCUGAAGUUAGACAACACGGCAUAUGUUGCAUUGCUGCAAGCUUCAUGAGGUAGACUGCAGAUCAAGACUAAUCUUGUUUAUUGUGUGUGUUAGAACUGUUUGCUGGUGGACACUGCAGUUCCUGUUCAUAGCACAAUGCUGAGGUGUAGGUUCACUUGUGUUCUCCAGCCCUCUCCUGCUGAUUUUAGGAGCGUAGUUUGGCACAAUGCCUCAGUGUAAAUAGUGUGCUGUGGUAGACAUGUAUGGAUAUGCAAAAACAAAUUUUGUUGUUUUGGUCUAUUUUUUUAAACAUUUUCUGUUUGUACUUAUCUGGAUUUAAGAUUCUGGAUCGUAACUACAAAUAAAAUGUAUAAUUUAUAAGUUCGUACAGUUGAAUACAGAAGAUGCAUCCUGUGUCAUGUUUUGAGCUAAAGGAAACCUGAAGCAGGCCCACUGAAUACAUCUAGAAUAGACACACCAUUACUGAUUUGACAGUGGAGAUCGAAUGUUGAUUAAGAACAUUACAUUAUUAACAUUAAGAAAUUUACCUAACAGUGCUACUUUUAUUCUUGCACAAAAUUAAGAAGAUAAACACUGAAGCUUUAACCAGGGAAUGUUCAACAAUGUAUGGAAGUUAAUUGGGCUCUUUGAUCCUCAAACUAGAAAGCAAAACAGUAUAACCACACUUAAAUACAGUAAUAGUUUUGCUAGUAUAGUGGUAUGAUGCCAUGUUGGUAUAUAAUAUAUGAAACACCCACAUAGUCACAUGUACAUUUAGACCUUUGUUGCACCUUCAAGAUUGAAAAAAAAAUCUAGACAGUAACUUGAAACCAUUUAGUAAACCUUUUAUGUUAAUGAAAUUCACAAAACGCAUAUAUGUGUGCAUACCUUUUACCAGAUGUAAAACUCUUCUAACAGUUUCCCUUUGGCUAUGGUGGGGUGUAGCAUGUAUGGGGAGGCUUGUUCAGUGUGAUUUGAAGGCAAAGUCAUUUGUGUCUUCGUUUAUAUGCUGCAAGACAUUUGGCAA